ACACAAAGUAGCGAUGGAAAUUUAAACGAGUCAGGAAUCAUGUCUUUGAUCACUUCUAUAUAGUUGUCUCACGCGUGGUUUGACCGGCGUUGACUACUGUCAUCAGUACGACCCAGGCCGCAACGAUCAACGUCAUCGCCUCCUCGCCGAAGGCUACCCCUUGUUAUCGACAAGGGACGAUGCUUCAGACAUGGGAAAUGCCAGUAGUUCCAACAAGAUAUCUGCUCAAGACAGAGCAAUCCUAAACCUCAAAAUCCAACGCGACAAACUCCACGAUUACCAAAAACGCAUCAUAACCUUGACCGAUCGGGAAACAGAGAUCGCCAAGGAAUGUUUGGCAAAGAACGAUAAGAAACGUGCCCUAUUAGCACUUCGUCGAAAGAAAUAUCAGGAAACCCUUCUAGCGAAAACAGAUGCUCAGUUGGCGCAAUUGGAGCAACUGACGUCUCAGGUCGAGUUUGCGUUGGUUCAGAAGGAUGUGCUAUUUGGGCUGCAGCAGGGUACGCAGGUUCUACAGGCUAUAAAUAAAGAAAUGGGCGGAUUAGCUGCUGUUGAGAAAUUGAUGGGUGAGACGGAAGAGGCUAGGGCAUACCAGGAGGAAAUCAGCCAAAUGUUAGCCGGACAAAUGUCCAACCAAGACGAGGAUGAAGUUGAAGAUGAGCUCGAAGCUCUACAAAGGGAGGUCGAGGGUACCGUUGAAAUGCCUAAUGCGCCCACAGCCGCCCUUCCCGGAAUGACAGAAGAGCAGAAAAAGGAACAAGCAAGAACAAGAGCCAAGGCAAGAGCGCAAGAGCGAGCUGCUAUGUUGGCUGCUUAGGGAUAGAUGGGCCCACCAACUACAUUUUACACAGAUUCUAUAUCCUAGGCGCAAGGUCAAUGGAUUUGAUAGAGUCAUUGCGCGUUCACGUCACAGUUUUAUGGAGCAUACACGCAUAGGUGGCUGGGUAUUGUACAGUUUCGCAUUCUCGUAUAUUCUAAUUAGCGGAAUCAUAGACACAUCACGUUAAUCAUAAAGUGGUAUCAUUUUCGUCGCAGUGGUAAUGCAAACAUCUCGAAUGCUGCUAAUGAUUAUUGUCCCGGCAUAAUCCUCCCUCCAAUUCCUUGCACACCCUGGAUAGCCACAUGGUCACUGGGGUUCGCAGCUGCUUCGUACAUGACACUGACAGGCUCCCGGUUCAGCGCCAUAAACUGUCCCUUGAAUCCAAGGUACCCGAUCCUGGUAGUCUCUUCCUCGCCCCAGUUGUCUUCGAAGAACAGGGUGAUGGACGUAGUAGUGUUCCACAGUGCGCGAUUAAGG